CUAGAUCAACAACAUCUAGUCGUAUUUUGCAAACAUAAACCUAAUUUUGCAGCUUUUACAAACUUCACUGUUCGAGCAUGCGGUGAUUGGGGAUCGAGAUGUGAAGCUUCGGCAACUGUUUGUGCCGAGCAAGGUGGUGUUGGUCAAUGCUUCACUUGUGAGGACGAUCUAUGCAAUGGUGCUCUUGAACUGACGUUGACGAUUAUUUUUGUAAUUAUAACGUUAACAAUUUGA